UUUGGGAUUUCUUCAUCCUGCUCAUUUGUCCAACAAGGUGAACAUUUAUCAACCAAAACCACUCACUUCCAAAAAAGAUGAGCCAACAAAUUCAAUCUAGUAGUUGCUGUGGCACUGGUGGUGGAUCCAGCGGUCACUGCCAUAGAAGAAGAGGCAGUGGAGGCUCCAGGUGUUGCUGUGCAUGUUGCUGCUGUAGAGGUGGAUCAAGACAUGUGAUGGUGGUAUCUGGAAGCCAAGGAUCAUCCUGUUGCGGUGGCAUCCAACAGAUCCCGAGCUCCGGCUGCUGUGGUGGAAGUUCUACUGGAGUCGUCGUAGUACCAGGCGGCCAAUCUUCUGGAUGUUGCAUUGGAGGAGGACUUGGGGGUGGGAUUUGCCAGCAGAAGAUUCCCUUGAUUGGAGGUGGCAGUGGUGGAGGAAUUUGCUGUGGUGGUGGAUCAGGGGGUCAGACCACUAUUGUAGCCGGAGGUGGUAGUGGCAGUGGAUGCUGUGGUGGAUCAGGAGUAGUGAAAGUCAUUGGUGGUGGAAGUGGCAGUGGGUCCGGCUGGUGUGGAACUGGUGGUGGAUCAGGGGGGCAGGCCACUGUUGUAACUGGAAGUGGUAGUGGAUGCUGUGGUGGAUCAGGAGUAGUGAAAGUCAUUGGUGGUGGAAGUGGCAGUGGGUCCGGCUGUUGUGGAACUGGUGGUGGAUCAGGGGGGCAGACCACUGUUAUAACCGGAGGUAGUAGUGGAUGUUGUGGUGGAUCAGGAGGAGUGAAGGUCAUUGGUGGUGGAAGUGGAAGUGGGUCCGGCUGGUGUGGAACUGGUGGUGGAUCAGGGGGGCAGACCACUGUUGUAACUGGAAGCGGGAGUGGGUGCUGUGGGGGAUCAGGAGGAGUGAAGGUCAUUGGUGGUGGAAGUGGCAGUGUGUGUGAUGAUGGUGGAUCAGGGGGUGUGAAGGUUAUAGGUGGAGGAUCCUCUGGAGGUGGAGGAAGCUUUGGGGAUGUUAAAGUCAUCGGUGGAGGGUCUGGUGGAAUAUGCGGAACAGGGGGAAGUUCAGGUGCAAAAGCUGUUGUAGUUACUGGAGGAAGCAGCGGGGCGUCUACUUGUUGCAGCACUGGGGGAAGCUCAGGCACGGUUGCAGUUGUAGGGACUGGUGGUAGUGGAGUUUCUGGUGGGAAAACCAUUGUUGUAUCAGGAGGAAGUGGUGGAUCUGAUUGUUGCAGUGGAGGAGGAUCCGUUGUCAUUGCGGGGGGCGGUGGUUCCUGCCAGACAAAAUGUCCCAUUGUUGUUCCACCCUGCAUCGGGCAAACAAAACAGGUUUGCCCACUGCCACCCCACAUAAAGUAAAAUAACAUACUGUUUUGGUGGGAAGGAACCUUGGUGAGCGUCCCUCUUGUUCUUAUGAUGUCUUGCUCAGCCAAUGCACUUAUGGGGUGUGGUAUUGCAUGUUCUUUAUCGCCGUUUCAUUUUCGACUAUGUAUGUCGGAGCAUUUUAAAACUUGAGGGUUUGUGCAGCCCUGUGGUGGAUGGGAAUUAAUGGCAACACCCGCUGAAUACUUUGCUUGCAUCUCCGUUUUUAGGCAUCGGAGAAAAUAAAGCUUGUUACAGAAUGAA